AUGAGCAACAACCAACGAACUCCCGGAAAGUCGCAAUUGAACAAAAAGAAAACCAGGCUUUACAACAGUCGAAACAUCAAAGCACAGAUCACUGACCUAUCUUAUGACAAACUGGAUACGAAAUUGAAUGUACCUGAAUUUCUUGAGUCCAGAAAGUACGAAAUAAAUGCGCUUGAGUCGUCACAAUUGAAGAGUAAACAAGCAUUGAACUCACGAUGUUUUCAGGACUUGCCUCGACUGAUGAGGCGGAGGGCCGCGUCGCAUCAUAUCAGUCGUAUUCCCAAGCGGUUGAGAGCAAAAGCUUUGAGAGAAAUGAAAGGAGCUAAUGGCCCGCCACGAAAAGUCGCCAAGGGCAGAAGACUAUACAAGUUGUUGCACACACAGAAAUUAUUGAAGGUGGCGUCAAAAUUGAAGAAGGAGAGACACACUCCAGAUGAUAUCUUAAAGAAACUCAAUGUACGUGCUCUUCACAAAGAAGUGUCCAAGGAGUUGGAUAAAAAGUGGAGGCCACUGGAAAGAAGACUCAAUAAUGAUGUUGGAUCAUUCGAUCAUUCGACCGAAAAUUCUAUUGCCAAACCUCCACCCAGAAGCAUAAAGUACGGUUCACGACAACAAAAGUUUUCGUGGAUUCCAACUCACAUCUGGCAUGCUAAAAGAUUUAAGAUGUCAAAGCAGUUUGAUUUUCAAGUGCCGUACACGCCCACACAAAAAUGUUUCAAAUUGAUGAAUAGACAAAAUAGACACAAGGCUGUUUGCUUUGAUACUUCAUACCGAGGAUGCUUGAUACUCACAAUGAAGCCGAAUACAAAUAUAACCUAUUAUUUACACGAGUUAUUGGGUAUUGGGCCCGUGCCUAUACCUUUGGCAAUCUUGAAUGGCAAAAAGUCUUGCACUGGAUUGAUCCAUGAUAAAUCCGCGCCUAUUGGUUAUGGCACGAUUUACGUUGCACCUGAAAGUAAUCAAAUAUUUUUGCAAGUUCUAACUGACAAUUACGAGAAAUUUGUGGGAACGUUCAGCGAAUAUGGACACUCGCAAGUGACUGAUGUUUUUGAUUGUCGAUACAGUAUAGGUAGUAUUGAUUUGUCUGGCCCUUCGAGUUUGGAAUAUCUAAGCAAGGUUUUACAUUUAAGAAACGCCUCGGACAAGUUGAAAUCUGUUUGGGCGUCGUUGUCUUCACACAGCGAUAGUUCAUUAAUACCAAUAGGAACGACAUUAACACUUGAAUGCUAUGACCCUCGGCUUUGGAAUAAGCCCACAAAAUUUCCCACAAAGUCAGAACAAGAUAUUUACGACACUGUUAUUCAACUUAACAAUGAAUCAUUCGUUGAACCCUCUACAAUUAAAUCGUUGUUUUCAGCCGAGGGAAGGUAUAAGUCGUACGAAAACCAGUUAUCGAUCAAGGACUUGGGCAAGAUUAAAAGUCACGGCACACCUUUCGAGAAAGUUCUGCAUAGCAAAAUACCACUUCUAUUGACCAAGACUGCCUUACAAAGAUGGUCCUUAUUAUGCCCUUGGUUUUGGACCCUUCCCAUUUGGACCCAAUUGGUCAAAAUCCCGGAGAUCAAAGCAGGAGGAUUGAGGCAGCUUCAUCAGUUCAACUUCGAAAGCCAUGAGUUUACAUAUCCGUAUGAUUACCCAUGGGCAGAUGAAGGACAAAAGUAUAAUUGCAUAGUUGGAGAAUUGAGUCGUGAGACAGAUGCUAAAAAACCAAAGAAGGUGAUGUCCUUGCAGAAGGCAGAAAAUCGUUUCAGCACCGUUUACGAUGCAUACACCUGUGAUUGGCAUACUUUGAGGUGUGCAAUGUACGCAAAGCAGUCGCCGGGAUUGGGAUUGAUUGAGGAUACUGCAAGAUCUCUGGUUCACUCAGAGUUACCUGGAGACUCUUUUACAGUAAAAUUAGCCCAACUUGUAUCUGCAAACAGAGAUCAGAACAAGUACAAAAGUGUUGUACUAUUUCAAAGAGGUUUGACUUCAAAACUGAUCAUCAUGGAAAAUGUUACGGAUUCUCAAGGGGUGUUUAAAGUAAAUCUUCCUGUUACUAAAAUUGUGCUCAAAGUUUUGAGAGAAGGGGUCAUUGAAAACAAUGCUCGAAUUUAUGACAAAAAUGUUUGCAAGGAUAUACAUGUUGUCGGGUUUGUCACAACCGGUGGUUUGAAUUUGAACGAGGGCAAAUUUACGGGAAUUGGAGCAGUAUUCGUGACGCCAUACAUGGAGAAGAACCCUAAUGCUUCAGUCUAUGUGAGAAAUCCCGGAAAGGAAUCGAUGUACGCUUGUAAGUACCAGCUUAUAGAUCCAUAA